CAUUUUGGGGAUAUCUGUACUGUUCUGACAUUUGGGGGAUAUCUGUACCGUCCUGACAUUUGGGGGAUAUCUGUACCGUUCUACAGAGAGGGGAUAAAGGUGAUAGAGGUGAUAGAGGAGAUAGAGGUGAUAGAGGUGACA